ACGGUGUUGCUGCGGAGAGCUGUGAUGCUCUCUGGCCUUCUUGGUCUAGGUAAGGAGAAUCUCAAUCUUCGAAUGACUCGCUAUUAUCACUUCAUCUCUCCUUUACUCGAAGUUCAUCCUCAUGGACAUAGAGGGCGAAGUUGAUCAUCGUCUCGAGCGUCUCACUAAUACUCAUCUUAGUUGCAACAUAUGUCGAUGCCCAGGGGAAACGGCAGUUCGGCGGGGUCCCAACCACUUGGAACCCACCAGUUGGUAGCGGCAUCAGUAAUCCGUACAGCUCCAACCCCAAUAGCAACGAUGAUGGCAAUAAUAAUAACGAUGGCGAUGACAGCGGUAACGGCGGCGGCGGCAGCAAUGGCGGCGACAGCGGCGGCGGAGAUGGCUCUGGCAGCAAUGGUGACAGCGGCGGGAACGGAAGCGGCUACUUCGGCCCUGGCAGCGGCAGCGGCAACGGCAACGGCGGAGGAAACAACCCAGGUAAUAAUGGCGGGUAUGCCCCAAGCUCUCCUAUCAACGACUACAUCGACAUGUACGGCCUCAUGACGACGUUGCCUGCCGCCCACGGCGCUCUAGCCGCCAUCGCAUUCGGAUUCUUGUUCCCGCUCGGCUCGAUCCUCAUGCGCGUCGUGCCCGGCCGCGCCGCACUCUUCGUGCACGGAUUCGUCCAGCUCUUCUCGUACGCGACGUACAUCGCCGGCGCAGGCCUAGGGCUCUAUCUUGUGAGCAUCGUGCACUUUCCGCCGGAGAACAAGAGCCUUCUCGACAUGGCGAGCACGAACGCACACCCGAUCAUCGGCAUCGCGCUCCUCGUAGCGCUGUUCAUCCAGCCCGUCCUCGGCGUCGCGCAUCAUCGGCGAUUCAAAAGGCUCAAGCGCCGCACGUGGGUCUCUUACGCGCAUUUAUGGACGGGCCGUCUGGGGAUCACACUAGGUAUUAUCAACGGCGGUCUCGGGUUCGCGCUGGCCAGGACGCAAGGGCCCGCGGUAAUCGCGUACGCUGUCAUCGCGGGCACGAUGUGGGUUCUCUGGGUACUGAUCGUUCUCCUCCGUAAAUUCCGCACAGGACCGAGGGCAGAGCAACGAGAGAAGAUCGCGGAAGAGGGAGACAGAGAAGCGUACGUACCAGGGGUACGAGGCGGCGGCGGCUCAUCUUCGUCACGAUCUGGAUCUAGGUCUCCUCCGGCUCCUGCCAUCGUCCCAGCAGCAGAACCGGACCUCCCACCAUACGAGCCGGGGCCGGAUUACGCGGCGCACACGGCGCAUCUCCGACAGACUGCUUCCCGCGAUAGCAGGGGAAGCAAGGACGACUGGGAAGGCCACGGGUCUAGCAGGCGCGAUGAGGAUCCGGGACCGAUCCAGUCCGCGACGGAUGAUGAGAUGGGGAGGGGGCAGGUCUAAUUGCCUACCUACCUACGAACGAAAAAUACCCCUUU